GUUCAGCUGCAGUAUCUGCAGGACAGAAUGGAAGAAGUGCGGCCUGCACUGCCGCACUCAGUGGAGCCCGAGGAGCAGCAGCAGCAGCAGCAGCAGCAGCAGCAAAAGGGAGCAGCAGCAGGAGCAGCAGCAGCAUAUGCCUUUGACGCCACUGUGUCCAUAGAAGAAAGCGAACCAGACUUGUUCAGAAGGGACCCAGACGCCCGGAACCGUGAGUCAGCCAACCUCUAA